ACUAGUCUCAAUCUCGAAUGAUUCAUACACAGUUCUGAGUUUCAAUGAUAUUCAUAAUCAUGAACUUGUUGAGAGUUACAACCGUGAUCUUAGCAAGAUAUCACGGAAGCUGUCAUUCUCCACCAAACAAUUCAUUCACAAUAUGAGUCUAAACCGUAUCGGACCCAUGAGAGCUUAUAGAUGUCUUGUAGCUUUAAAAGGAGGGCAUCACAAUGUCAAUGGGACUCCGGUGGAUUUUAAAAACUUUAGCCACCAGUUGCGAAUUUUUAUUGGUGAACGCGACGCACAAGUUUUCCUUGAACGCCUGCGUGAGCGCUUUGACAACCUACCCAACUUCUAUUUUGAUUACACUGUAUCAAAUGGAAAGUUGUCUUCUGUAUUCUGGGCUGAUGAGAUUUCAAAGAUAAACUACAAAGCUUUUGGCGAUGUCCUCGCGUUUGACGCAACUUACAGCACUAACAGGUACAAGAUGGUUUUUGUGCCAUUCACGGGUGUGGAUCAUCAUUUCCAAUGUGUUACAUUUGGGGCGGGUUUGAUAUCAACCGAGUCCAUUGAAUCUUAUGUGUGGUUGCUUAAGGCUUUCUUGAAGGCACACGGUACUCAACCAACUCUCGUGCUGAGUGAUCAAGACCCAUCCAUGCUACAAGCUGUUCCUAUGGUCUUUACCGAAUCACGACACCGUCUAUGCAUGUGGCAUAUAAUGAAAAAACUACCCUCCAAGAUCUCUGCGGACGUUCUCGAUAACACUGAUCUUCGGUCCUGCAUUCACCGGUUGGUUUGGAAUGUUUAUAUCAAACCUGAAACGUUUGAGUCCCGCUGGAAUGACCUCCUACAAACAUUUGGACUUCAAGACCACAGCUGGUUGAAAGACAUGUACAACAUCAAACAUCUUUGGGUACCAGCGUACUUCAGGGAACUGCCCAUGUGUUGCUUAAUGAAUACCACAUUGCGAAAGCUCUAACGCUGCCUUCAAGGUCAACUCAACAAGCGCAAACACCCUUGUACAAUUUAUGAUGUGCUUUGAAAAUAGGGUAGACAGCCAACGAUAUCGGCAACGUGUAUCGGAGUACAAAACCUCAUCCACGAUGUUCACUGGCAAUACUGAUUUAGCGAUAGAACAGCACGCGUUUGCCAUUUACACAAACGCUGUUUUUGCGCAAGUUCAAAAAGAGAUAAUUAAAGGGAAGUUUUUAUGCUACAUCACAAACCAAACCGAGUCCAGCGAUUCCAGUCUUUUGAUAGACGUCACUCAUUUGGAUAAAAGGAACAACAUCACAAAUGUCUAUCAG